CUUCAAGAUUGCAAGGAUCGUUUACCAUCAAGGAAACAGAUGGAUCCUGUGUCCUUUCUUUACAUUUCACGCGAUGAAUGUGCACCGCUGCAUAUAGACCCUUCAUUGUUUGAAACAGUUGGGGAAGGUGUUGCGCCCAAUACAUUCACUAUCCCUCAACCAUCUUUGCAAUCUGCCACUCAGCUAUGGACCUCUGAACCUCUAUUACAUCGUCUUGAGUCACUGGUAACACAACUGGACCCUACAUACGAGGAUAAGCCUCAUUCUUGUAGAAGGGUCGAGGAUGAGUGUAUUUGUUUGGGUGCAGCAGCAAAGGCAAAAGGGAAUGAUACAAAGGUAUCCUGCUUAAAGAAUCAUGGUGUCGAGGACUAUGUGAUAACAGGCGAACGUGAUCCUGUGGAUCUUCAGAUUCGAAAUAUUGGGAAGAAUGGUGGCAAUAUCUUGAGCUCUUUACUGAGCAAAGAAAGUGAAAAUGAUUUCAGUCUCGCAUUCGAGCAGAAACGAUCGUCAUCUCCAAUAUCAUCGCUACUCAUAUCUACUGAACCCUCAUGGACAUCUAUGCUACAAGGACAGGAGGACGGAGAGAAUAGUGUUAGUGGAUCAUCAAACAUCGACACGCGUCAGCAACAGGGUGUACAAUCUAUGUUUAGUUUACUCUCCCAUUUCGCCAGCUCCGAAUCCGCAGCAGCAGUGAACUUGGGUUCUGUUAAUAUCUCUUUGGAGCUUCCAUCGCUGAAGCGACCGAAGAAUAUUCUCGAUGAAUUAACGUUUUCAGAGUCCGUCACACGGACGAAGCACGAACCAGGAUCCCGCCAGAGUCAUAAGAAUAUAAAGCCUAUCAAAGCGCAUUUAUCCAAAAAGACUAAGGAUGAGAAUAAUACUCCAAAGGUAGACAUUUGGCGUGCUGCAGGGGAAAUGAGACUUCAAGAUACAACCGCUCAAGGGUAUCGGGGGCCACCUGUAGAUGGAGUUGCAUUAAAGGAUCCGGCAUCUCCCCCUGAUAAAGUGUGGUUAACGUGGGAUAAUUGUUCAAAAAACGGGCCGAAGAUGCCACUUAAAGUACCAGUUACUUCAUCCUUUAUAACUGAAUCCGAACCUCAAUUUUUUGAAGCUGUGUAUCAAAAACAGCUAGACUAUGCCUUCAAAUUCCGACCGUUAUCCACAGUUGUUCCCCAUGAUUUCCUUGUCAAUUGCAUAUUUCUUCUGUUGAAUGGGACUUCAUCAUCAAUCUUUAACUUCAAUCAGGAUACCAUGAUGUUUGAAAUGAAAAAUGAUGGUUAUAGGAUUGAGGGUUGUAGUAUCUCUAGCAUUUCUCACCUCCUACAAGAUAUGAUGGUGAUUGGCACUCUUAUCCGAAGACUAAACAACGUUGUAGACACCUGUAUUCAUCAUCCGGAAGGAUUGAGUUUGACCCGUAUCGCUUUCGGCCGCGCGUUAUCUUCAUAUCUUACAUUCCUCCAAGGAACAAUUAUGGCGCUACAGCAGACAAAUGACGCAAAGAGGAUGAACAUCUUGGAGCUACAUCACAAAAUGUAUGAAAUGAGCGUGGUUCUAGAGCGACUAUCUCACUUUUGUAGAUGCCAUUUAGAACAGGAUAUCACGGAUAAAUCGAUUGGACGCUUCGGAUUCUAUUUACCAUUCGGCGCAGACCUGCUCUCUUUAAUCUAUAAGGAAAUUCUGGAGCAAUCAGUUACCGCGGAUCCUCUCUGGAUUGCUCUUUUAUUAAGCCUGUUGGAACAGGCGAGCAAGCCCUAUAGGGAUAUGCUUAGUCGCUGGUUGGGUACAACGCCAUCUGUGCACAGUGAGCAAGACGACUAUGAACAGAGCCAAUUCUUGCGACAAAUGAGAAAUCCCGGACAUCAAGGAUCUUGGCAGCUAAAUGAAGGUGAUAAAGCCAACACUAGUCAUCAUGCAGAGGAGCGUGAUCGAGCGAGGAGCCGGUUGUCUGUCUUUGAUUGCCAUCUUCAGCAGUCUUUGCAAGGGCUUGACCCUUUUGGAGAGUUCUUUGUUCGGAGCAGACACGCUUGGUCAUGGGAUGGAUCUGAGCCAAUCAUUCUUGCAGACCCAUUGGACUUUAACGUCGAAUUCUUUAUGAGUGACGAUGUCUUACCUCCGAUAUUUAUGCAUGAUGCAUUAGUAGAACGGGUUCUAGAGGCUGGCAAGGAACUUCAGAUUCUAGCAGAGUAUGAACCAGAGCAUCCGCUUAUUGCGCACAACCGACAAUUGAAACAAUCGAAUAGUGGAUUCGAGUGGCUUUAUGCUCAAGGAGAUAUUGCAAAGCACCAUGGGCAGUUUAGAACUUCAAGCAAUAAUGUCCUUCGAGCUUUGGCCAUGCGACUUGAGGCUCGAGGUUGGUUACGAAGGCCUAAAAACAAAAAGACAAGCGAACAAAAAGGGAAACAGAGAGCACUAUCUUUAGUAAACGACCUCUAUACACCAUCAAAAGGCGGAUUUUCCCCAAUGGAACUUGAUAUACGCCCACCUGGCUCACAGAACACUAGAGGAGGUCAGCUGAAUGAGAUGGGUCUACACCUUGAGUUUAAUCCAGAUUUACAAGGCUUUUUUUCAUUAUCACAUACUCUUGGGCAAACAAAAGACAUGUCCUUAACAUGUCCAGAUAUGAUGGAGUUUUUACUGGAGCCCUUGGAGGAGCCAACUUCUAGUAUGCCUUCCCCACUGUCACUUUGGACACCAGACUAUGCUUCACAUACAACAACGGCAGCAGGAUUUUCCGAGCCUACAGGAGCAAGGAAGCAAGGACUAUCAUUUAGUGUAAAAAGCACUAGACUCGAAAACAUGGCGCCACUUACGACUUUGGCGAAUUGUGUUUUUGGGAAGUCAAUUUCAAUCCGUACAUCUCUGAUUAAUACCUGUGUAUUAUCGUUAUACUUUCAUGAUUUAAACUUACUGGGACACUUUGACACCCUUGGGCGGUUCAUGUUGAUGCAAGAUGGAGUAUUUGUUGCAAGGAUGGCUCAGGCGCUUUUUGAUGAGGACACCGGUCUUUUAGCGCGAUCAGUCUUAGCUGCUACAGCAGUAGAACCAAAAAUACCAGAUGAGGAUAGGGCGCCAGUAGGCUCAGUAACAGUAUUGCCGAAGGCGUCCACAUCCACAUCAAAAUCGGAAUUGAGAACAUCAUUAAAAUCAACUUGGCCACCGAGAAGUGGUGAGCUGGAGAUGACAUUGAGAGCUGUGCUUUUAGAUUGCAUCCAAACUCAAACAGCUGAGGUACGAAACUUAGGUGACGAAGACAAGUAUGACUCUGAAGUAUCUGAUAUGGAUAUCUGCGAUGACGAUAAAACCUAUAGUCCACAGAGACAGCAGCAGCAACAAACACUGUCUUUUCGAAAUAAGCUCAAAAAACAAGAUAUCUCCCGCAUCAAAAGAAGUCUGGAUACGCAAGAACUAGAAGAGUCGUUGGCGUUUGCAAUCAAAGAGUACAAUGAUGUCAAAAAGAUCCCUCGGAAUGUCAAUGCAUUAGAGGCACUUGAUUUCCUAUAUCUUGACUACAAAGCUCCGCGACCAUUGCGCCUUUUAUUCUUGACUCCAGAAACUUUUGACAAGUACACCCGUCUAUUCACUUUCCGACUUCGUUUUGCACGGAUUGAUGCUACAUUGAAGCGAAUCUAUCAGCAGCUGAGGACUAGGCAAAAGGAUAUACAACUGUCAGGGUACAACAACAAAGGCACUCACUCUAGUAAUAGCACAUAUGAUCACAAUGAUUACAAUCAUAUUGAGAUGAAGAUGCUGUAUCGAUACCGAUUUGAGGCGCAACAGAUAUUUGAUGGAAUUCAUGGAUAUAUCUCAGACGUAGCGAUUGGCGCGACUUGGAAAACAUUCAUGACGCAACUGGAAAAUGUACAGGAACGCAUCGAAGACAGAAUUAUGAGGAGUGUUGAUAUUGGUAACGUUGAUGGUAGCUCAAGCAUGGUGGAAGAUGGUGAUGGUGAUGGUGAUGGUGAUGGCUUCUCUCUUGAUCCAGCCUGGGAUAAAGAAACAGCAGCAGUGCAGUUUACCCUACUUGAUAACAUGGCCGCCCUACAUGACUGUCAUGAUCAUUUCCUAAACUUAGUACUGCAGAAAUCGUUUUUGAAGCGUAUUCAGGCUCCAAUCCUAAAGCUUGUUCAUGGGAUCUUGAGCAUGGUUCUCAAAUUUUCACAGCAUGUAGAUUGCCUCCCCCCUGUGGCGCUAGUGCUGGAUGGUGAAGCAAAUCAAGAUCUGAAUCUGGACAGACAAAGAGAGCAAUUGGCAAGGAUCACAAAUUUGAAGAAAAUGCAUAGCAAACUGAGGUCACUGUGUACUAUGCUGGUCAAAAUACUCAAGACCCUAGACGAACGUGGGCUGGAUAUUGAAGGCAAUAGAGGUGCUCCGGAGCCAGGAAAGAAGAAUACUCAUGUGGAUGGAAACUAUUUACAGCAGCUCCUUAUGAGACUGGACAUGUUUGGAUUUCAUGAAAAUGGACAUCAUGAAUAACGUAAUAUCACAGUUACUAAGGCAAAAAUACAUUAGCGAGACGAAUCACGUCGACCAUAGUAUGUAUAAUGUACAAUAUAUUGUUUUUUUCUUGUAUUGAUUGUUUUCGGAUGUGUAUAAGGUUGAAGUAUUGGUUAUUUCUGCAUGAGCUCAGCU